AGUGGCUCGCAGCGAUGACAGUAGCGUGCGGUAGCACUGGUCAUUUAAACGGAUUGGAAAGAAAAGAUUUACGAUCAAAAUAAUCACUCUUCAUUUACUCGCCGUUGAAUGACACUGACUUCCAUUUAAAAGUUUGUCGGUUUCAAUCUUGGACUGUUUUUCAAACAAGGUCGACUAAAUGAACGCAAAGGAGACAAAAUGGUAGUAAUGGACCGAAGGCCGAGCUGUAGUUGCGCCAGUGAUAAUAAGCCAUGGAAUUAAAACGCGACAGCAGAAUUAAAGAAGACACUGAUCAAGUACUGAAUACUCAACCCCUGAGGGUGAUAGAUCACGUGCUCUCACUUCUGUGUUGUGGGAAAGGACACUCGUCGCUGACCGGCAUCAAAUUGUUGGGAGACCAUCUACAGCAGUGGGGAUAUCUACCGAAGGAAAAAUGGGAGAAGAAAUAUCCGAUCACCAGGGACAAGAUCAUCUUGCUGAACUGGAUAAAAGAGCACAUAUCUCCCAAAACCUUCACGGUCAAAGACGCUCUGCUAGAGUGUGUUGGGGAGCUGAAGCUUCUAGAAGAUAAAGAUCUUUCUGAAAUAGAAAAUUUUGAACUGAACCAAGCCAUGAAUAUUUUAUAUGACAUUCAGCAAAACACAAAACGGAAAGAGGACGGUAGUUCUAGUCACCUUAUGUUGGAGAUCAAACGGAUGAAUAGUUCUCCCCAGGUAUCACCAAAAUCACCCCGUAAAACCGUGAAUUCGACCACCGAGACAAAUUUUAACCAAUCUCCAAUAGGUCAUUCCAUGCCCACAAGUUCUCCAAAAUCUCCGUUAAACAAUAGAAAAACUGGUGUAUUAGAGCCUAGAUCACAACAACCAAAUCUGCUUUCAAAACCACAGAGACCCGGGUCACAAGAGAGCACAACGGAUUCUGAAAAAUCAUACCUCAACUUACACCGCGAGAAGAGGGCUCAGAAACAACCUUCUUCUGAACCCGGCCAUUCAAAUCAAGUCGCGGGAAAUUCAAAUAUCCCUGUGCCUACUCAAAAAAGUAAGAAACAAACACAUGAUAAAAAAAUAGAACAAAUGGACAGCAUCAGGAAAAUUCUAUACCAUCUCAUGUUGCGACCGUCGGAGGAUCCUCGUAGAUUUCGCAAUAUCACCGAGGCUUUAAGCCAUGAAAUGAAGAAAAAGGAUAUAAAAAGCGUUCUUAUCCAACAUUUACAUGAAAAUCAACCACCAUUUUCACUUAAACACAUUGGGUUUAAGGAUGGGGGAGAAUGGAGCCUAUUUCUUCGCACGGAAUGUCCUGAUGCAUUAUUAGCAUACGCAACAGCGCAGAGAUACCAACUGGUUUUGCAUGUCAUUCACAUCGGAACAAGAGGCGCCGAAGAAAUAAAGUUUUAUCCCCACGGCCAGAGUCAAGACAACGAAGAUAGACAUGUGUUCGUUGCUUACUUGGUUGACAAUACAUUCCUUCCUCUUGUUUCAAUGGAAGCAUCAGAUUUCCCAACACAUGUGAGGAGCUCAGACGAAUUCCAAAAAUGCCUUACGAAAAUAAAGAAUCUGGAAAAAGAGAACAAAUCUCUGAAGAUGAAGUUACAUGCCGUAGAGGAAUCAAUAAAAGACGAGGAGCUUCCGAGUGACCACAAGGUGGCGCUGAGUGAGCACGUGUCAUUGAGACUGAGACGAAACAGCAACAAUCUAGAGAUCGAUAAACUUCGACAGCAGUUACAUCUUAUAAAGACAAAAAUUGAACAUCAUAAACGAGCAUGAAUUCAUAUCACUGCUUGGUCGCUAAUCAUUCUGUUUAUUAUUUAUUAUUGUACUGCAUGAAAUGAUAAAAUAAAUGAAACGUUAGGAAAGAAGCACGUUUUUGAUGGUCAGUUUCUUUUCUU